AUGCCAUCAUCUGGAUUGAAGUCUUUAGGAUUCAUACGCGGUCUGAACCAUCAAAACAGAAGCCUUUUCCAUCACGGACUUAUUCAAAAAAUGUACUACGAAACGAAUUCGAUUCCCGAUUGGAAAAAGCAAAAGCUCGCGUUGAAAAAAAAGGUACAGGGUGGUUGGAAUCCAAAGAAAAAGUUACCACAGGAAUCCAUGGAUGAAGUCCGGCAAAUGAAGCAAGAUGAUCCUUCAUUAACAUGCUCCGUGUUGGGGAAUCUAUAUGGCGUUUCUCCUGAAAGUAUUCGUCGAAUCCUGAAAGCUUCAAAUCGUGUACCGACUGAACGAGAACUGAAGCGCAAACAACAAAGGUGA